CAUUUUCCAAAGUAAUUGCUGGCAUAGGAGUAAUGGCCAGAAUUAAGAAGACCAGUGACUUGGGAUCUUGUAGGACACCUUGCAAAUCAGCAAGAAAAAAUGCUAAUAUUGCCAGUCCAGUCCAGAGUAAAGCAAACAAAAUAACUUUAAAAUACAAGAGAGGGUUUAGAAAAUCCCCAGGUAAAAUAGAAAGAGUAAAGUUUGCCAUGAAAGAGGUUUUAAAUGGGAUGUCAGUUCUGAAAGCUGCCAAGAAAAACAACUUAUCUGAAAGUUUUUUGAGGCGUAGGAUUGCUGGGGAUGUUUCAUUAGAGAGUAGAAAUGGCCCAAGGCCUGUUUUUAGUGCAAAAGAGGAAGAGGAAAUGGCUAAGUGGUUGGCUGAGAUGUCCAGAAGAGGGAUGGGUUUAGGUGUGGCAGACUUUUUAGAAUUUGUUUGUGGUAUUUUAAAGAAAGACAAAAGGAAGAAUAACUUUAAAAAUGAUCGCCCAAGUUAUACAUGGUAUUACAGUUUUAUGGCACGUAAUGCUCAUUUAGUAGAGAUAAGAAAAGAGUCAUCUUUGGAAAGUUCAAGGGCCAAAGUUACCUCUACAGAACUUGAUAAGUGGUUCUCUAAUUAUUACAAGUUUGUAUCUCAGCUUCAUCUGUUGGACAAACCAAAUAGAGUCUACAAUGCAGAUGAGUCAGGGUUUUCUAUGGGGAGUAAGGCUGGAUCUGUGAUUGGGCCAACAAAGUCAGAAUACCCUAGGAACUUGCCACAUUUGAGUGGCAACAGUAAGAAGAGGUUGACUGCCAUGUUCUGUGGUAAUGCUGAGGGUGAUAUCAUCCCACCAUUUUUGGUAUACCCUAGUCCUCAGCCUACAGCAUAUGAUCCCUUGAUUAACAGCAGGAAAGGUACAGUCAUAGAGUAUACUGACAAAGGAUGGAUGAAUGCCAAGACAUUUUUCAAGUUCCUCCAACAUUUUGAUAAGUAUGCAUGUCCAGACAGACCAGUAAUUUUACUCAUUGAUAGUGUGAGCAGUCACAUUGAUUUGGAUGUUUUUACCUUCGCCAGAGAGAAAGGGAUAGAACUAUAUAGACUUGUACCAAAUGCAACUCACUUCUUACAACCCUUAGAUAAUGGUGUAUUUGGGCCAUUGAAAAAAUCAUGGUACCAAAUUGUUAGGAAAAAUACAAAAGAAAACCCAGAUAAGAGCAUUGGGAAGGAAAAUUUUGCAGCAAAACUUCAAGAGGCAUUUUUAAAUUUUUAUAAACCACUUACUGUAGUUAAUAGUUUUAAGUCAACAGGUAUUUUUCCAAUUGACCGAUCAAAAAUCUCUGAAAGUCACCUUAAGCCUGCAAUGACUUUUCAGUCACUAUCAUCUGAGAAAGAGUAUGCUCCGUUUGAUUGUAAUAACAAUUCAGUAACUAGUCAUGUGGUCAGUCCUAUGUCUGCUGUUAGUGUAACACCAGUUACUUCUUUAGCCAACCCUGUGUCAGUUUUACCAGGUACCAGCUGUAUUAAUGUUACACCCCAUUCUAUGUCAGCAGAAAAUAUGUCCCUUUUGACAGUUACUACUACUAGUCAUGCCACCCCUGAGUCAGCUUUACCAGGUACUAGUUUUGUUAAUGUAACACCCAACUCUUUGUCAGGAGAUAUAUCUGGUACUACUUUGUUAAAUGCAACAGAACUGCAGUCUCCAUUAUCUCUGCUUGCUGAUGUUGCUUUUAAUUUGUCUAAUACUAUAUCUUUACCUCACAGUGUGAGUACAUGUAAUGUAAAUUCUGACAGUUCUGAUUUAAGUACAUGUAGUAAUGUAAAUUCUACCAGUUCUGAUGUAAGUAGUAAUGUAAAUGCUGCCAGUUCUGGUGUAAGUACAUGUAUUACUAAUACUAAUACUACUCCUAUAACACCACAGUGUGGUUCAGGAGUUCAUGAUACAGUUUCAUCAUCUGUUAUGGAAGCACUAGUAUUCCCAUCAUGUAGUAAUGUAAAAAAAAGAAUAUCAACUUCUGACACUUUGCCCGAUUGCUUAACUUCAGCAGAGAGUAUUAGAACAUCUGCUUUAAAACAACUAAAUGCUACUAGACUAUUUGCUAGAAAAGAACUGGCAGCUAAAAAAAGAUACAUGAAAGAAAAAGUUAAAUCUCAGGUAAAAGACAAAAAGGUUGCUGAAGGUAAAAGUAAAGGUAAAUCUGCUGCAGCUAAAAGUAAAGGUAAAUCUACUGCAGCUAAAAGUAAAGGUAAUUCUGCAGCUCUUUCUUAUAGUAAGAAAUCUUGUGUUAGUAGGGUUAAAGCAAAGAAGGCUUUAUCCUUUACUGCAGGUUCUAAAUCAGAUCAAUGUUUGGUUUGUAAAAAACUUACAGAGGAUCCAGAUGGUUGGGUCCAAUGUGAUAUUUGUGACAGCUGGAUACAUGUAUCAUGCAUACCUAAAGAUCAUGAUUUUGACCAUGCUGCUUUGACAUUAGAAACUGUUGAAUUUUUCUGCCAUAUUUGUGUUACAUAAUGAAUGCAGGAUUUUUGCAUUUAUAAA